AUGCCACCACCACCCACCUCCACCCCCGUCCCCUCCUCCACCCCCACCACUCCCACCACCACCGCCAACCUCACCGCCGACCUGACGCACCACCUCACAACCCGCGGCCUGCCCCCCUCCGCAACCUGGCUCACCACCACCCUCCUCCCCACCCUGCGCGCCCGCCCCACCACCCCGCUCCCCGCCCUCCGCCAAACCGCCCUCUUCCGCCUCCUCGCCACCGACGUCACCACCACGAAUACCACCUCCCCUUCCCCGCUCGCCCACUCCCCCCACUCCAACCGCCUCCCCGCCGACGUCGCCACCGCUGGCGCAGCCGCCGCCGAGCAGCGCAUCCCCGGCCCCGUGGCGCUGCAGGUCCUGGACGUGGAGGACGUGGGGCGCAGCCGGUGGGGGCAGGCGGAGGCGCUGGAGGCGCGGGCGCGGGGGGAGGGGAUGAAGGGGCGGCAGGUGGUGCGGCUGGCUGAUGGGGAGGGGGAUGGGGAUGGGGAGGAAAGGAAUGGUGGUGGCGCUGGUGGUGGCGCUAGGACCGGGCCGCACAAGUUGCUGCUUGUCGAUGCGGCGGGGACGCGCGUGUACGGGUUCGAGCUGGUGCCUGUGCCUGGCGUGGAUGUGGAGCGGAUGGGGAUUGGCGCGAAGUUGGUCUUGAGGAACGCCGUUGUGGCGAGGGGGGUGGUGUUGCUGGAGCCGCGGACGACGACGUGUUUGGGUGGGAAGGUGGAGGCGUUGGAUAAGCCGUGGAGGGAAGGGAGGCUGGCGAGAUUGAAGGAGGCGGCAAGGAUGGAGGAGGGGGAGGGGAGGUGA